AAGAAACCAAAGACACGUUCAGUCACUCUGCUGCUCUGUGUGCUGCUCGACGAGGGACAUUUGGUGCUGGAGGGACACAUCUGACUGGUGCGGCUCUAUUGUCCCUGAAUCCAUAGAACCAGGCUCCAGCAGCCACCCUCCCUCCCUCCCUUCAGGCCAGUGAAGUGCGACCUCCGACCCCGCUGAGAUGGCUCCCACCCUGGCCACGGCGUUCUCCCGCCGCUGGUGGAUGGCGGUGACGGCGGUCAUCGAGAACCUGCUCUUCUCUGCUGUGCUGCUGGGCUGGGGAUCCCUGCUCAUCAUGCUCAAGUCUGAGGGCUUCUACUCCUACCUGUGCAGUGGACCAGAAAACAUCUCCAGCCUCAACCUCUCCACCGUGUCCUCCAACUCAUCCUCUGACUCAGAGGAGUACCUGGAGAUGAACGGCUGGCCCAUCUGCAAGGACCAGGACGAGAUGCUGAACCUGGCCUUCACUGUGGGCUCCUUCCUGCUGUCUGCCAUCACCCUGCCCAUGGGCAUCGUCAUGGACAAAUAUGGUCCACGGAAGUUACGACUUCUGGGCAGUGCCUGCUUUGCCUUCUCCUGCCUCCUCAUCGCCUAUGGUGCAAACGAUCCCAACAAUCUGUCAAUCCUGAUCUUCUUUGCCUUGGCGAUGAACGGGUUUGGAGGCAUGUGCAUGACCUUCACUUCUCUGACACUCCCCAACAUGUUUGGAGACCUGAGGUCCACCUUCAUCGCUCUGAUGAUCGGAUCCUACGCCUCCUCUGCUGUCACCUUCCCCGGCAUCAAGGUGAUCUAUGAUCUGGGUGCCACCUUCAUCAUGAUCCUGCUGGUUUGGGCCGCCUGCGCCUGCCUCGUCUUCCUCAACUGCUUCGUCAACUGGCCUCUGGAGCCGUUCCCCGGCCCAGAGGACAUGGACUUCACGGUGAAGAUCAAGUUCAGCUGGCUGGGCUUUGACCACAAGAUCACAGGGAAGCAGUUUUAUCGGCAGGUGACCACAGUGGGGCGCCGUCUCAGUGUCGGCAACUCCAUAAAGCAGCAGAAUCAGCCUGCCAGAGACCUGGCCACGCAGGAGGCCAACAAGCUGUGCCUGUCCACUGUCGACCUGGAGGUGAAGUGCAAGCCCAAGGCUGAGACUCAGACCUUCAUGAAGAGUAUCUUCAGUCCCAUCUUCAUGCUGAGCCUCAUCACCAUGUGUGUGACUCAGCUGCGUCUCAUCUUCUACAUGGGAGCCAUGAACACCAUCCUGGAGUCACUGACGGAGGGAGACCUCAGCACAGUGGAAAAGAUGCAAGUGGUGAGUGUUUACACGUCCAUCUUCGGCGUGCUCCAGCUUCUGUGUCUGAUCACCUCUCCUGUGAUUGGCUACGUCAUGGACUGGAAGCUCAAAGACUGCGAGGACGAGAGUGAAAAGAGUGCCAAGAGGGAGCCUGGUGAGCCUCGCCGCCCCGACAAACAGAUUCAGAAGAUUGUCAACGCCACCAGAGCCUUCAUCUUCACCAACCUGCUCCUGGUUGGCUUUGGAGUCACCUGCAUCGUCCCCAACCUGCCACUUCAGAUUCUGUCCUUCAUCCUGCACACUAUUGUCAGAGGCUUCAUCCACUCUGCAGUCGGAGGCCUCUACGCUGCUGUGUACCCGUCCUCUCAGUUUGGCAGCCUGACAGGCAUGCAGUCUCUGAUCAGCGCUCUGUUCGCCCUGCUGCAGCAGCCGCUCUUCAUGGCCAUGGUGGGACCGCUGGACGGAGACCCUCUCUGGGUGAACGUGGGCCUGUUGGUGCUGAGCAUGCUGGGAUUCUGCCUCCCGCUCUACCUGCUGUGCCACAGCCGCCACCUGCAGCGCCUCAGAGACGAGCGCGACGACGACCCCAAGAUCUACGUCAAGAUGAACUCCGACAGCAAGCCUGAGGCUUUCGUGUAGACCGGGGAGGAAGAACGGAGA